GCCUUCAAUUCAGAGAUCUUCCUGCCUCUUCCUCCCCAGUGCUAGGAUUAGGAUUAAAGACUCCAGUCUUUUGGGGGACAGGACCGUAGGGACUCCCCGAACAUCUGUACCAGUACUCCUUUCUAAAAGUAAGGUGACAAAAUUUGCUUCGUAAAUACGUGGCGAAAAACAAGUUUAGAUAAUCCCAAAGUGUCAUUUAAAUAGUAAAUGUCACAAUCUUUUUGGACAAAAUAGAGUGUGCUCAGAUCCAUCUCUUAGUAAAAAGAUUAAGGAAAUGUGUUUUGUGUUCUGUUUUAAUUUGUUAAACAGUCCCAAGAGGGAGAAUAAAGUGGAGGCAUAAUGAUGGUUUUCAGGGAGGAAAAGAAAUCCUGCAUUAUCUAGUCAUACUACGUUUCCAAAAUUUAAAGAGUACUUAGAAAAAGAAUAAUAGAGGGUUGGAGUGAUGGCUGAGCCAAUAAGAGCACUUGCUGCCUUUAGGGAGGACCUGGGUUCAUUCCCAUCACCCAGGUGGAGGCUCAAGGCCACCUGUAGCUGCAGUUUGAGGUGAGCCAAGGCCUCUUCUGGUUUCGUACAUGCCUGAGAUGUACAUGCCAUGCACAGAAAGUCAAAGAAGAACUACAGGGGUUCUGCGGGCCAUCAUGGCAGUCAAGUGGACCGGUGGACACUCUUCUUCUGUCCUCUGCCUAAACGCAAGCAAAGAUGGGCUGGUGGCUUCAGGAGCAGAGGGUGGAGAUCUUGUGGCUUGGGGUGAAGAUGGGACUCCUUUAGGACACAUGCAGUUGGAAGGGGCUGAUGAUGUUACCAGCGUCCUGUUUUCCCCUUCCUGCCCCACCAAGCUCUAUGCCUCCCAUGGAGAAAGCAUCAGUGUACUAGAUGUCAGGUCUCUUAAAGGGGCCCUGGACCAUUUUCAUGUGAAUGAUGAAGAAAUCAAUUGUCUUUCACUAAAUGAAACGGAAAGUCUGCUGGCUUCUGCUGAUGACUCUGGAGCAAUCAAAAUCCUGGACUUGGAAAAGAAGAAAGUCACCAGGUCCCUGAAGAGACAUUCUAACAUCUGUUCCUCUGUGGCUUUCCGACCUCAGCGGCCUCAGAGCCUGGUGUCAUGCGGCCUGGAUAUGCAGGUGAUGCUGUGGAGUCUUCAAAAAGCCCGACCCGUCUGGAUUACAAAUUUACAGGAGGAUGAAACAGAGGAAACAGAAGGGCCCCAGUCCCCUGGUCGGCUCCUAAACCCCGCGUUAGCCCACUCUGUCUCGGUGGCAUCGUGUGGCAAUAUUUUCAGCUGUGGUGCAGAGGAUGGUAAGGUGCGCAUCUUCAGGGUGAUGGGAGUCAAAUGUGAGCGAGAAUUGGGAUUUAAGGGUCAUACUUUGGGGGUAUCCCAAGUCUGCUUUCUGCCUGAGUCCCAUCUGCUGCUUACUGGAGGGAACGAUGGAAAGAUACGCUUGUGGGAUAUGAGCAGUGAAAUGGAGAAAAAACAGAAGAGUCCUGCAAAACACACCCACAGGAAGAAAGCAAAAAGAGCAGCUUGCCCCAAGCAGGGUGGGAACUCAAGCGCCGCAGGAGCGGAUGAGGAGAAGCAUGCAAAGAUUCUGCCAAAGCUCGAUAUUGAACAUGGAGAAAAAGUGAACUGGUUCUUGAGUACAAAAAUAAAAGGGCAGCAAAGUAUAUUAGUGGCCGAUCAGACGAGUUGUAUAUCUUUGUAUCCCUUAAGUGAACUUUAGGGCCAAUAAAAAGCACUGUAAG